GUCAGCGGGGCCCCAAGGGACAGAGCCGGCCACCUGCUGCUUGUCUGCUUUUCAUGGUCUGUACUUUUAGGGGGACAUCAGAGAAUGAACGAGUCCCAGCAGUGUGUUGCCCAGGGAUCUGUGUCCUUCAAGGACGUGACCGUGAAUUUCACCCAGGAGGAGUGGCUGCAGCUGGGUGAUGCUCAGAGGACCCUGUACCGCGUUGUGAUGUUGGAGAACUACAGCCACCUGGUCGCCGUGGGAUGCUGCAUCACCAAACCAGACGUGAUCUUCAAGUUAGAGCAAGGAGAAGAGCCAUGGACGUUAGAUGCAGGAUUUGCAGGCCGGGCUUAUUCAAAAGUCCAGAAGUUAAAUGACCUGAUAAAGAGAAGACAGGAAAACCUAGAUAAACAUUUGUGGUGUGCUUCACUCAACGCCUCGCUGGCUGAGAGAGAGAAUGGUUUGGGGAAAACACUUAAUCUGGACACAAACCCAGUUUCUUCAAGAAAAACACCUUGUUGGUAUGACUCAUCUGGAAUGAAUUUGAAAUACAUUUCAGGAUCAAGUAUUAACGAUAAGAAUUAUUCAAGUAAGAACUCUGAUGAAAUUAGUGAAUGUGGGAUGUUGCCUCUUGAUAAUCAAGAAAAGACUCAUAACAGGAAGAAGCCUGAUGAAUAUUGUCAAAAUGGGAAAUCUGUACGUCAUAAUAGGGAACUUACUGAGCAACAGGGAGUUCAAGAUUUGGAACCAUCUUUGGAAGAAAAUGAAAGUGCAGAAGCCUUCCCUGAGGAGGUGGCCAAAGCCACAUGUAGGAUGAUUCAAGGAGAGGAGACAUCCUGUGGUUAUAAGAAACCUGUGGAGAAUGCCUGUGAGAGGUCGACUCCCAAAGUCCAGCAGGAUUCUCACACAAGGAAGAAUCUCUCUGAAGUUAAUGAAUGCAAGAAUUCAAACCUCAUUAGACAUCAGAAAGUCAACAUGGGGGAGAAAACCCAUGAAUCUAAUGAAAAUGAGAAUUUUGUCAAGGAGUCAGACCUCACUCAGCCUCUUAGGGCUGAUCCAAGAGAGAAAGCUUUCAAAUGUAGUCAUUGUGAAGAAUCUUUUUGCCAGAAGUCGCUUCUCACUCAGCAUCAGAGGACACACACAAAAGAGAAGCCAUGUGAAAGUGAUAAAUGUGAGAAAACCUCUCAGAAAUCACAAAUCACUGAUUCUCAGAGAAAUCCACUAGGAGAAAACCCCAGAGGACAUAAGGAAUGUGUUAAAGCCCCUGUGAAGACAGCCCUCGUGGAUCACCAAAGAAUGCAGUCAGAAAAGAAGCUUCACGUAUGUGAUGAGUGUGAGAAAUCUUUCCGCCAUAGCUCAGCUCUACGAGUCCACCAAAGAAUUCACACAGGAGAGAAACCCUAUCAAUGUAAUGAGUGUGGAAAAUCUUUCUAUGCACAAUCAAACCUCAGUCACCAUCGGAGAACUCAUACAGGGGAGAAACCUUAUGAAUGUAAAGAAUGUGGGAAAUCCUUCUGUGUGAAAUCAAACCUAACUAAACACCAGAAAGCACACACAGGGGAAAAACCUUUCAAAUGUAAUGAGUGUGGGAAAACUUUCUUCCAGAAGUCACAGUUUGCUGACCAUCAGAGAACACACACAGGGGAGAAACCUUAUGAAUGUAAGGAGUGUGGAAAAUCCUUCUACUACAAGUCAGCCCUAAAUGUGCAUCAGGGGAAGCAUAAAGAAGAGAAACCCCAUAAAUGCACCGAGUGUGGAAAAUCCUUUUGCUAUAAAUCAGCCCUAAUUAUACAUCAGGUAACUCACACAGGGAAAAAACCAUAUGACUGUAAUGAAUGUGGGAAAUCUUUUUGUGUGAAGUCGAAUCUCACUAAACAUCAGAAAAUUCACACAGGGGAAAAACCCUAUGAAUGUAGUGAGUGUGGCAAGUCGUUCUCUAUGAAAUCAGACCUUGUUGUGCAUCAGAGGACUCACACAGGGGAGAAACCCUAUGGAUGCAGUGAAUGCGAGAAGUCUUUCUAUAAGAAGUCAGCCCUCACUAAACAUCAGAGGACUCACACAGGAGAGAAGCCACAUGAAUGUAAUGAGUGUGGGAAGUCCUUCCAUAUGAAAUCAACUCUAGUUAUACAUCAGAGGACUCACACUGGAGAGAAACCCUUUAAAUGUAAUGAAUGUGAGAAGUCAUUCUAUGUGAAAUCACUUCUCAAUAUUCAUCAAAGAAAUCACACUGGAAAGAAACCCCAUGUUUGUAAUGAGUGUGGAAAAGCUUUUUCUAUGAAAUCAAACCUCACUGAUCAUCAGAGAACACAUUCAAAAGAGAAACCCUAUGAAUGUUUUGAAUGUCAUAAAACCUUUCGUCAUAAAUCAACCCUAACUGUACAUCAGAGAACUCAUACAGGUGAGAAACCCUAUAAAUGUAAUGAGUGUGGGAAGUCCUUCUAUAUGAAGUCAGCCCUCAGUCAGCAUCAAAGAAUACACACAGGGGAGAAACCCUAUGAAUGUAAAGAAUGUGGGAAGACCUUCUUCCAGAAGUCUCACCUUACCAAACAUCAGCGAACACAUACAGGUGAGAAGCCCUAUGAAUGUAAAGAGUGCAAGAAAACCUUCUUCCAGAAGUCUCACCUCAUUGAACAUCAGAGAACACACACUGGGGAGAAACCCCAUGAAUGUACGAAGUGUGGGAAAUCCUUCUGCUACAGGUCAGCCUUAACUAUACACCAGAGAACUCACACAGAAGAAAAGCCUUAUAAAUGUAAUGAAUGUGACAAAUCCUUCUGUAUGAAGUCACACCUCACUGUGCAUCAGAGAACUCACACAGGGAAAAACCCCUUUGGAUGUAGUGAAUGUGGAAAGACAUUUUAUGUGAAGUCAAAUCUCAUCAGUCAUCAGAGGACUCACACAGGAGAGAAGCCAUAUGAUUGUAAUAGGUGUGGGAAGUCCUUUUGUAAGAAGUCAGCCCUCAAAUCACAUCUGUGGACACACACAGGGGAGAAACCCCAUGAAUGUACUGAAUGCUGGAAAACUUUCUCCACAAAGUCAGCUCUCGCUAGUCAUCAGAUAAUUCAUACACGAGUAAUACCAUAAAUUGUUACAGAUGUGGACAAUCACGUGUCAGGUCAAAUUUUGUCAUACCACAGAGAAGUCACAGGAGAUAAUUUAUAAAUGUAAUUGUGUGAGGACCACUGUGGUGUAAAUUCAGCCUUUAAUUGACAUUGGAAAAAUGCAAAUUGUUGGAAUUAGAGGACUCUGAGAAUGCAGAUAUCAGAAUUCAUGUGGGGAGAGGGCCCUGAGAAAAUCCUGCUACAUUUUUUUAAAGGAUUUAUUAAUUUAUUUGAAAGAGUUACACAGAGAGGAGAGGCAGAGAGAGAGAGAGGUCUUCCAUCCGGUGGUUCACGCCCCAGUUGGCCACAACGGCUGGAGCUGCACUGAUCAGGAGCUAGGAGCUUCUUCCGGGUCUCCCACACGGGUGCAGGGCCCAAGGAUUUGGGCCAUCUCCUGUUUUCCCAGGCCGUAACAGAGAGCCAGAGUGGAAGUGGAGCAGACGGGACUCGAACCGGUGCCUGUGUGGGAUGCCAACGCUUCAGACCAGGGCGUUAACCUGCUGUACCUCAGCACUGGCCCCCAUCCUGCUACAUUUCAUAGUGUCCACCAGCAAAUAAAAUUCAUUUAUCAGAGAAAUCAUGGGGGAAAGGCAGUAUUAAAGCAUUUAUAAGGGGACAGGUUACUGUAUACCAUGUAAUUGAUAUAAAUGUUUGAUAUAAGUGUUUAUAUGCUUGAAAGCUUUCUUGAAAAAAGUCUUACAUAAGCAAAGAAUCAGGAGAUAGUACUUUUUUUUCUCUAGAAAUAUAAUACUAGAGCUUGUGUUUCAGAUGUGGUGCCAAACUUUGAAAAUACGACUCAAGAUGAACCUUUUGAAAAACAAGUUGCAGCAGAAAGCUGACAGGCACUUGAAGAGCACCUGAAGUAAGCUGGGGUUCUGUGUUACGAGGCAACUCGUGUAUGUUUUGAAUGUAUGAUUUGUAUAGUGGAACUCAGCAUAGUUUGUAGGACUUAUAUUUCCAUAGCUUAAUAACUUAUGGCAUAUUUUUCCAUACUAAAUGCCACCAGUGUUUCUUUCUAUUUUUUAAAAAUAUUUAUUUGAAAGGCAGAUAAAGAGAGGCAGAUGGAGAGAGAGAGAUCUUCAGUCCACUGGUUCACUUCCCAAAUGGCUUCAAUUGCCUGAACUGGGCCAUUCUGAAGCCAGAAGCUUCUUAGGGGUCUCCCGUGUGGGUACAGGCUCGCAAGGACUUGGGCCAUCUUCUGCUGCUUUCCCAGGCAUAGCAGAGCUGAAUCGGAAGUGGAGCAGCCAGGUCUUAAACCAUUACCCAUAUGGGAUGCCGGCACUGCAGGCAGCAGCUUUACCUGCUAUGCCACAGCGCUGGCCCUUCUUUGAUUCUUAAUAGUAUGAUAUACAUAGGUGACGUGUUUGACAGACUUGAAGUACUGUACCAGAAUACAGUGUUUAAUGAGAG